AUGAAGAAAAGAACUUUGUUACAUGAUGCAGCUGAAAUGGUAGGUCAAGCAUCCCACGCUUUUAUAGCUGAUGAUUUUAGUGAUAGCUUUAAACAUAAUCUUCCAAGUUGUGAAAUGACUUUCUUAAGAAUAAUUGGGAUGUUUAUUAGAUAUGUAAUUUUAUUUCCUUUAAAAAUUACAUUACUUUUAGUUAUUGGAUUAAAAAUUUACUUCUUCUUCUGGUUCUCAACUUAUUUUAAGUGUAAAGGUUGUAUUCGUUUCUUUUAUUUUUUAUUUAUGAAGCUUAUAGUGUUUGUUUUAAAUAUUAGAAUUAAACAUCAUGGAGUUAAACAACAUUAUGAUUUCAACCAUAUCUAUGUGGCUAAUCAUACUUCUCUAAUUGAUUUUAUUGUUGUGAGUAGUUAUAAAUUUGAUCACUCUUGUAUAACCGAAUAUCACGGGGGGCUUUUUGGUUGGUUUAUUGACAAAAUUGUUUCUAAAAAUGGUUCUAUUUAUUUUAAAAGAUCUGAUAAAUUAGAAAGACAAAGCGUUUUAAAAAAAAUAACUGAAUUGGUUCAAAAAAGAGAAUCACCCUUAAUAAUUUUUUCUGAAGGUACCUGUGUUAAUAAUACUUGUUCACUAAUGUUUCAAAGAGGUGCUUUUGAUGUUAAUGCAGCCAUAGUACCAGUGGGACUUAAGUAUAAAGUAACUAAACAAAUUAAUCCCUACUGGAAUAGAAGAAAAUUAGGGUUAGUUUUAUACUUAUUCUAUUUAAUAACAAGAUCCUCUAUUGAUGUUGAGGUACACUGGAUGCCACCAAUAAAACCAGGUAUUAAAGAAACACCAGUUUCUAUAAGUCAUCGUGUUAAAAAGAUAAUCAGUGAUAAAUUGGGUCUGAUUAAUAAGCCUUGGAAUGGUUAUUUUAAAAGUUUAACUAUGAAAAAUGAUUUUGAUUUAUUAAGUCACGCUUAUAAAAAUGUAUACAAGUAUAUCAGGGAAGGAAGAUUGGAAGAUAUAAAUAAGCAAGACUUAAAAAAUGGAAUGAGUUAUCUUCAACUUUACAAACCAAACGAUUUUUAUUAUUCAAAAAUCAUUUAUUUUAAUCAAUUAAGAUUAAGUGAGUUUAUAAACGAAUGGUGUAAAGAAUAUUUGAGAUUAAAAACACUUCCUGCCAAAGAAAGAGAUAUUAUUAUAACUAAUAAUAUAUCAGGCAUACACACUUCACCACACUUGAGGAAUAUGAAGUUUAAAGGAAGCAACAGUAAUUUUUCUAUCGAAUAA